AACCCUCACUCCCACACUAUACCCUCAAAACUUGUAUCUAUAUCUUUCUUCUUUUUUCCUCUCUGAUUACUUAAAACGUUUUUCCACCAUAUAUUUUUAUAUAUAUGGCCACUUACCCCGCCGUCAACGUCGCCGCCGUGGACUGCCAGAAACAAGUCCGUUCAUGGCAGCUCUUCCGAUCUCUAAUCGAAUUCCUCAUCCCCACUUGUAAUUGCGCCUUCUCUGAAGAUCAAGAACAACAACCCAUAUAUUCCUCAAAACCCAUGUUCCCCCCCUCCAUCUCCUCCUCCGCCGCCAAUUCCGUCACCGGCACCAUCUUCGGUUACCGGCGAGGAAAAGUUAACUUCUGUAUUCAAACAAGCUCCAAGUCAACCAACCCAAUUCUCCUCCUCGAAUUGGCGGUCCCCACCGCCAUUCUCGCCAGGGAAAUGGGAGGCGGCGUCCUCAGAAUCGCACUCGAAUCCACUUCCACUGCCGCCGCGAAUUCCGGGGGGCGGUCGGUUCUGUCUUCGCCGGCGUGGAGUAUGUAUUUCAAUGGGAGGAAAGUUGGGUAUGGCUUGAGGCGACGGGCUUCGGCGGCGGAGGUGGAGACGCUGCGGCGGUUGGGGACGGUGGCGGAAGGCGCCGGAAUUAUGGAAGGUGAAGAUGAUUAUUUGAUGUAUUUGAGAGGGAAUUUCGAUAGAGUUUGUGGGGCGUCGGGAGAUUCUGAGUCCUUUCAUUUGAGAGACCCAAAUGGAAGCAUUGGUCAAGAACUCAGUAUUUUCUUUUUCCGCUCCAAAUAAAUUAAUUUCCUUUUUUCUUUUUUUUGAGCUGUGUUUUUUUGGGCAGGGCUUUUUCAGCUUUUUGCUGAUGCUUAUAUUGGCCCUGUAUUACCACCAGCUUGGAAUUGUUGUUUUGAUGAACAUUACAUAUAUAUAUAUAUAUAUUUGUGUAUUUAUGUUU